AACAACAUGCCCAAGCAGGUGGAAGUACGGAUGCACGACAGCCACCUCAGCUCGGAGGAGCUGAAGCCCCGGCAUCUGGGGCUGCGCUUGUGUGACAAGCUGGGGAAGAAUCUCCUGCUCACGCUGACCGUGUUCGGUGUCAUCCUGGGGGCAGUAUGUGGAGGGCUUCUUCGCUUGGCAUCUCCUAUCCACCCUGAUGUGGUUAUGUUAAUAGCCUUCCCGGGGGAUAUACUCAUGAGGAUGCUAAAAAUGCUCAUUCUGCCUCUAAUCAUCUCCAGUUUAAUCACAGGGUUGUCAGGCCUGGAUGCUAAAGCCAGUGGCCGCUUAGGCACGAGAGCUAUGGUAUAUUACAUGUCCACGACCAUCAUCGCUGCGGUGCUGGGGGUCAUCCUGGUCUUGGCUAUCCACCCGGGGAACCCCAAACUCAAGAAGCAGCUGGGGCCUGGGCAGAAGAACGAUGAGGUGUCCAGCCUGGAUGCCUUUCUGGACCUUAUUCGAAAUCUCUUCCCUGAAAACCUUGUCCAAGCCUGUUUUCAGCAGAUUCAAACAGUGACAAAGAAAGUCCUGGUGGCCACUCCAUCAGACGAGGACAGCAAUGCCACCAAUGCUGUCCUCUCGCUGUUGAAUGAGACUGUGACUGAGCCGCCUGAGGAGACGCAGGUGGUUAUCAAGAAGGGCCUGGAGUUCAAGGACGGCAUGAAUGUCUUAGGUCUGAUAGGGUUUUUCAUUGCUUUUGGCAUUGCCAUGGGGAAGAUGGGCGAGCAGGCCAAGCUGAUGGUGGAAUUCUUCAACAUUUUGAAUGAGAUUGUAAUGAAGCUAGUGAUCAUGAUCAUGUGGUACUCUCCCCUAGGUAUCGCCUGCCUAAUUUGUGGGAAGAUCAUUGCAAUCAAGGACUUAGAAGUGGUCGCUAGACAACUGGGGAUGUACAUGAUCACGGUGAUUGUCGGCCUCAUCAUCCAUGGGGGCAUCUUUCUCCCCUUGAUUUACUUUCUAGUGACCAGGAAAAACCCUUUCUCUUUUUUUGCUGGCAUUUUCCAAGCUUGGAUCACUGCCCUGGGUACCGCUUCCAGUGCUGGAACUUUGCCUGUCACCUUCCGUUGCCUGGAAGAAAAUCUGGGGAUCGAUAAGCGUGUAACCAGAUUUGUCCUACCAGUUGGAGCCACCAUUAACAUGGACGGUACAGCCCUUUAUGAAGCCGUAGCCGCCAUCUUUAUAGCCCAGAUGAAUGGCGUCAUCCUAGAUGGAGGCCAGAUUGUGACCGUAAGCCUCACGGCCACGCUGGCCAGCGUUGGUGCAGCCAGUAUCCCCAGUGCCGGGCUCGUCACCAUGCUCCUCAUUCUGACAGCUGUGGGCUUGCCGACCGAGGACAUCAGCUUGCUGGUGGCUGUGGACUGGCUGCUGGACAGAAUGAGAACAUCCGUCAAUGUUGUGGGAGACUCUUUUGGGGCUGGGAUUGUCUAUCACCUCUCCAAGUCUGAGCUGGACACCAUUGACUCCCAGCACCGAGUGCAUGAAGAUAUUGAAAUGACCAAGACUCAGUCCAUUUAUGAUGACAUGAAGAACCACAGGGAAAACAACUCCAACCAAUGUGUCUAUGCUGCACACAACUCUGUCAUAGUAGAUGAGUGCAAGGUAACUCUGGCAGCCAGCGGAAAGUCAGCCGACUGCAGUGUUAAAGAAGAACCUUGGAAACGUGAAAAAUAAGGAUACGACUGUCAGCAAAUUCUUGAAUAAACUCCCCAGCGUAUCUUAUGGCAAAAGAGGAUAUAAACAAGCUUUCUUUAAAAA